UUAUUUGACUUGAAAUCCUCUAGCUAGUUGGCAGUACAUGGAAAUCAACAUCUGAAGUGUACCUACUUCAAAUCAGUGUCGAUUAGAAAUUUAGAAUGCGAUAGAUGGUGAAUGAGAUUCAAAUGGCUUAAACGAGAGAAUUAUCAUCAUUUUUUGGAAGGAACAAAAUUUGUUUCAUAAGAUGUUAGAGGACGGAUUGACUACAAUUGUUUUGCCUACAUUGUCUACCAUGAUUAUUUUCUUAUUUACACUAAAUUUCUUCCGAUACCUUAUAGGAAAGCCUUAUAUUCAUAUUAGAGAUGUUACUAAAGAGCACAAUUGGAAACCUAUUACAAGGGCAAAGAAGGCAUAUUACUGUAACAUUUGCGAAAGUUUGUUAUUAAACACUGAUGGAUUAAUGUGUGAUUCUUGCGGUAUUUGUGCGGAUCCUGCAUGUGUAAAAACUGCAGAUAAACAGUUGAAAUGUAAAGUUAUUAGCUUAAAUACAGAGAAACCAAUGAGGCAUCAUUGGAUAAAAGGUAAUUUACCUCUGACUGCUGUAUGUGAUAUUUGUGACGAAGAAUGUGAUUCAGAACCUGGAUUAAUAGAUUGGUGGUGCUGCUGGUGUCAAAGAUGUGUUCAUGAAGCUUGUAAACCUAUACUAUCUAAAAGAUGCGAUUUUGGCCAAUUUAAAUUAAUGAUAAUUCCACCAAGCAGUUUAGAAGUUGUAAAUCAAUGUAGUACUGUAAGACGAAGGUUACAGCUUCGUUCAAUUAUACCACCAGAUUGGCCUCGUUGGAAACCUCUCAUAGUUGUUGCAAACAAAAAAUCUGGUAAUAAAGAUGGAGCAGAAAUUUUAUCAGUAUUUAGAAAGUUAUUAAAUCCUGCACAAAUUGUUGAUUUAUCCGAACGCGAUCCAGUUGCUGCUCUUGAAUGGUGUAGAUUACUUGGAAAAGUAGCAUGCACAGUUCUAGUGGCAGGAGGAGAUGGGACGAUAGCGUGGUUAUUAAAUGCUAUUCAUAAACUUCAGUUGAAGCCAGUUCCAUCUGUAGCAAUAAUUCCUCUGGGAACAGGAAAUGAUUUAUCAAGAGUGUUAGGGUGGGGAAAGGAACACGACCCAGAUAAGGACCCUGCGGAUAUCCUGCAAGAAAUACAAAUAGCACAAAAAGUGAAACUUGAUAGGUGGACUGUGGUGAUCAAACCAACUAGCGGAUUGGGACUUAGGGGUUCACUUCAGACGUUUCAUAUGUAUAACUAUAUAAGCGUGGGAGUCGACGCACAAGUGACGUUACAAUUUCAUCGUACAAGAGAAAGUCGAUUCUAUUUUUAUAGUAGUAGAUUGUUUAACAAGCUACUGUAUUUAUGUUUUGGUACUCAACAAGUAGUAGAAAGGGAAUGCAAGGACCUUGAUAAAAACGUAGAACUGUAUUUGGAUGACAAGAAAGUGGAUUUACCUUCUAUAGAAGGUAUUGUGAUAUUGAACAUUCCAUCUUGGGCUGCUGGUGUGAAUCUUUGGAAUAUAGGACUAGAAGGCCAUGAAGAAUAUGGAAAGCAAAGUAUCGAUGAUGGAAAGCUAGAAGUAGUUGCUCUUUAUUCUUCAUUUCAUAUGGCCCAACUUCAAGUAGGACUUUCUCAGCCUUAUCGCAUUGGUCAAGCUAGUACUAUAAAGGUAAAAUUGUUAAAAUCGUACGCUAUGCAAAUUGACGGCGAGCCCUGGUAUCAACAUCCCUGUGAAUUUAAUAUUACAUAUUGCAACAAAGCAUCUUUGUUGGUGAAUAUGGUUAACUGAAUCUUAUUUUUGGAAUUUUUAAGUUAUGUACGUGUACAUUCCAAUAUUUGGUAUAAGAUGGAAAGAAAUUUAACACAAAUUGAUGAUAGGAAGUAUAAGGUAUGGUAAAGAUAAUGCACGAAAAUUAUUUAAUAUGAACAAAGAAAAAUCUAGUCACUAUUUUACAAAAGAGUAUAUAAGCUGUAUAUUAUACUUAGAAAAUGUGAAAAGUGAUUUAUAAAUUUAUUUAUUUUUGUUACACUUGUUGCAAUAGUAUGAUAAUACAACAAACCUCAAUCAAAAUCACAAGCCGCUUACAUCUAUGUAUAAGUAGUGGAGAUAAUUUCAAAACUUUUAUUGAGGUUAAAAGUUGGAUUAUUAACACAUUCAUAUAAGAAUUUUUCAUAGAUUACAUUUGAUUGUACAGGUUAUUUAUGUUUUAUACUAAGCUUUCAUAUUUGGUGGCACAGGACAAAGGUUCAUAGAUAUUUUAGUUACACACUGUAAAUUUUUAUGAAAAUAGUGAAACAAUUAUGCAGAUAAUGUCUUAACACAUAAUAUGGGUUCAAUGAAAUAUGGAUCCCAUGAAAUAAAGUAACAUAUGCCCCAUAUUGUAUGUUCACUUUUUGUUAAAUUUAUGUUUUGAUACGCUACAAAUGGUCCAUUGCUCUUCCUUUAUACUCCAUGAAUGUGAUACCUUUAUCUAUUAUAUAAAUAUAUUAUAAUAACUAUUUUUCAUUCACAAAUGUAUAUCCGUGCCAAAGAACACAAAUUAUUUAUUCAAUUUUAAAUCGUCGUUGAAUCAUGAAAUCAAUGUUAUCAGAAACUCUAAAAGUAGACAUACAAUAUGUGUACUGUGAGCCAUUGAUAUAGAAGUGUGUCUUGUACCUAAGUGAAUGCAUUGAACUUCUUUGCACCUUAUCUUAUUACAUAAUGCAUAUUAAAUAAUGAUAUGAAAAUAGUUUACUAAGGGGUGUUUCUAGAAUAUGUGCCACCCCUUUUUCAUCAAAAAUUACUUCGUUCAAUUAUGUAAAUUUUGUUAGACAUUUGUCUUGCCAAGCACAUGUAUAAAAUAAAGAAAUAUACUUACUUAGAUAAAACCAACAAUGUUUUAUUUACCU